AACCCCACAGCCAGCUAAUCAACCCCAGAUAUUUUCUCUCUUUUUUGUGCUCCUUAUUUCCUUCAAACAAAUGGCACUGCCUUCUUCACAAUCGUAACGUCACCACACCAUCCAAUCAAUAUCUUGCUAGACGUUUUCCUCUUCCGCCACCCUCUUUAUAUCCCCUUACCAACGGUUACUUUUCAUUUUCCUUUUUAAAUGGGAAGUUUCCAGUAGUCGUAAUAAACCUGCUUCAUACGCGUACUCUGAGACUGAGAGAGAUCAAGAUAGAAGAAGAAGAGAGACGGGGAGAGAGUUCGAUCGUUUGAGUUUUAGAGUGAGACCCAGAUGGAUUUCAAUUCCUUCUUGACGUCCCUAGGGACGUCCUUUCUGAUAUUCGUGGUUCUGAUGCUGCUUUUCGCGUGGUUGUCGAAGAAGCCAGGGAACGCCGUGGUGUACUACCCGAACCGGAUCUUGAAGGGUUUGGAUCCCGUGGAAGGCGGCUCCAGGACCCGUAACCCGUUCGCGUGGAUCCAUGAGGCUAUGUCCGCCUCGGAACAGGACGUGAUCUCCAUGUCCGGGUUCGACACUGCCGUGUACUUUGUGUUCCUGGGCACCGUUUUGGGAAUCUUGGUCUUAUCCGGCAUAGUGCUGCUGCCAGUUCUUCUACCAGUUUCUGCUACUAGUGGGAAGAGUACUUCGGCCACCACAAGCAAUGGAACCUUUAGCGAGCUUGACAAGUUAUCUAUGGGAAAUAUCCCAGAGAAGAGUCCUCGGUUGUGGGGAAAUCUGCUAGCCGUUUACUGGGUUUCAUUUGUUACAUAUUAUCUCUUAUGGAAAGCAUAUAAGCAUGUCUCUGGAUUGAGAGCAGACGCUCUUAUGACUCCUGAAUUGAAGCCUGAACAAUUUGCCAUUCUCGUCAGAGACGUACCUCCAGUCCUUAAAGGUCAAACAAAAAAAGAACACGUCGAUUCAUAUUUUAAAACUAUCUAUCCUGAGAAGUUUUACAGGUCAAUGGUGGUAACAGACAACAAAGAGGUGAACAAAAUUUGGAAAGAGUUAGAAGGGUACAAGAAGAAGCUUGCACGUGCUGAAGCAAUAUAUGCACAGUCAAAGGCAACUGGCAAACCAGAAGGAGCAAGACCCACUAACAAAAUUGGCUUCCUUGGUCUUUGUGGUGAAAAAGUAGAUUCCAUUGAGUACUACAAUGGAAAGAUUAAUGAACUAAUCCCAAAACUAGAAGAGGAACAAAAAGUCACUCUCAGAGAGAAGCAGCUUGAUGCUGCUCUGGUCUUUUUCACGAACAGGGUGACUGCAGCUUCUGCAGCUCAGAGUCUACAUGCCCAAAUGGUUGACAAAUGGACAGUUGUAGAUGCUCCUGAACCACGUCAAGUGAUAUGGACUAAUCUUAAAAUCAAGUUUUUUCAGAGGCAAGUACGGCAAUAUGUCGUGUAUGUUAUUGUGGCCUUGGCCAUACUUUUCUACAUGAUUCCAAUUGGGUUUAUUUCUGCUCUCACAACACUGGACAAUUUGAAGAAACUUAUCCCAUUUAUAAAGCCAGUUGUGAAUGUGAAAGCACUCAAGACAGUGCUGGAAGCUUACCUACCUCAGAUUGCACUCAUCGUCUUUUUGGCUCUGUUGCCCAAGUUACUUUUCUUUCUCUCUAAGGCUGAGGGAAUUCCCUCUUUAAGCCAUGCAGUAAGAGCUGCUUCUGGUAAAUAUUUCUAUUUCACUGUGUUAAAUGUUUUCAUUGGAGUGACAGUGGGCGGAACCUUGUUCACUACAUUGAAGACCAUUGAGAAGAAUCCUAACUCUACAAUUGACUUACUAGCGACUGGUCUGCCAGGAAAUGCAACGUUCUUCCUGACCUAUGUGGCUUUAAAGUUCUUUGUUGGCUAUGGUCUUGAACUGUCUAGAAUAGUUCCUUUAAUCAUAUACCAUUUAAAGAGGAAGUAUCUGUGUAAGACUGAGGCUGAGUUGAAAGAAGCUUGGUGUCCUGGAGAUCUUGGAUAUGGAACUAGGUUUCCUGGUGAUAUGCUGGUUGUCACAAUUGUCCUUUGCUACUCUGUUAUAGCUCCUCUUAUUAUCCCGUUUGGCGUGGUUUACUUUGGCCUUGGAUGGCUAAUUCUUAGAAAUCAGGCACUCAAAGUUUAUGUUCCGGCCUAUGAAAGCUAUGGAAGGAUGUGGCCUCACAUGCAUACACGCAUCCUAGCGGCUCUAAUUUUAUACCAAGUUACUAUGUUUGGUUACUUUGGGGCAAAGAAAUUCUUCUAUGCACCACUCCUAAUUCCGCUCCCCAUACUGUCCUUGCUCUUUGGAUAUGUCUGCAGUAAGAAAUUCUACCGCUUUUUCCAUGACACGGCUCUGGAAGUUGCUAGCCAUGAGUUGAAGGAAAUUCCUAACAUGGACCAAAUUUUUAGAUCCUAUAUCCCACCAAGCUUGAGAUCUGAGAAGAGUGAUGAUGAUCAGUUUGAAGAUGCUUUAUCACAACAAGUUUCGAGAUCAGGAUCAUUUGUUUGAUGUACAUUUGUGUGUAUUCCACGAUAUUUAUGUUGGUUUACUCCUGUUUAAGAUAACUUUUAUGGAACUUGGCAUGUUUGUUGACAUAAGUAGAGCACUGGGAGUCAUAGCGUUGAUUGUCUGUAAUGUAUAUUAUGUUUAUGUUAAUUUGAAUCACUAGUGUGGAGUUUCUUAUUAGGUACUGUGUACGCAGACAGUUUAAUAGGCAGUGCAUGUGAUUUUGGACAAUAUCAUAUGUCUCUAGUAACAGGGUCCAAGGUUGUCAUCUGUUGCUUACUGUUGAGAUUGAGAUUAUUCCAUUCUUUGUUAUCUUCAUGUUUUCAGAUAAAAGAUUGGCAGCUUUUUUAUCUUCA